AGUCUCUAGGCCCCUGAGCUUCUCUGCCUUCAGGAUAUCGUGCUGUGGGCAGUGCCGUGGUGUGGAAAGACAACGGAGCAGAGCAGGGAGGAGCAGAGGUAAGUGGCUUUAUCAACUUGAACAUAAAGGCACAUGAUCCAGCUGGGACAGCAGAUGUGAUACAAUAAAGGAAAUACAUGCAUAAAGACUGGCCUUACUUUGUCACCAUAGACAACCCAUGAAGAGUAAGUGCGCUCAGCCAUACACAAAAUACUGUGGAGAAAAUGUAUACUAGUCGAGAGGAUAUUGGAUAUGAUUUUGGAGAUAACUCAAAAGAUGGAAGUAAAUCAACUCAGACUAAUCCAAACAUUGAUGGAGGAUGGGCUUGGAUGAUUGUACUUUCCUCUUUCCUUGUGCACAUCCUUAUCAUGGGGUCCCAAAUGGCCCUUGGAGUACUCAACAUAGAAUGGCUGGAGGAAUUCAAUCAAAGUCGAGGCCUAACAGCAUGGGUUAGUUCCCUUAGCAUGGGCAUUACACUUAUCGUAGGUCCUUUCAUCGGUUUAUUCAUUAGCAUGUGUGGGUGCCGCAAAACAGCAAUAAUUGGAGGGAUACUUAAUGCCCUCGGUUGGAUACUGAGUGCCUAUGCCUCAAAUGUGCACUACCUAUUCAUUACAUUUGGAGUGACAGCUGGUGUUGGAAGUGGCAUGGUUUAUCUACCUGCAGUGGUCAUGGUGGGACAGUACUUCCAGAAGAGAAGGGCACUUGCACAAGGACUCAGUACAACAGGAACGGGGUUUGGAGCUUUCUUAAUGACUGCUUUACUGAAGUACCUUUGUGUGGAAUUUGGAUGGAGGAAUGCAAUGUUCAUCCAGGGAGCCAUUGCCCUGAACCUUUGUGUCUGUGGGGCACUCAUGAGACCACUUUCUUCCAAAGAGGUUGUGAAUGGAAAGUGUAUUCUGAGAAAUAAUAGCGAAGUUAAUCACGCAAAAGCUCUGUCCCAUUCCACAGAGACUGUAAAAUCUAACGGAGUCUUAAAUGGGGAACAGGAAAAAAAAGAAGAGGCAACAAAUGAAGAAGUGCUUGACAGUGCUCAACGCAUAGAAAGUGGAGGUAAAUCUAGAAGUGGAAAUUGUAUGUAUGGACUGUGCAUUCUUAAGAGAGUAAGCCAGCUGACAGUUACAGUCAGGAAGGGGUUUCGAAUAUGGUACUCCAGCUACUUUGGAGCUGCAUCACUGUUUACCAAUAGAGUGUUUGUGGCCUUUAUAAUUUGGGCUUUGUUUGCCUAUAGCAGCUUUGUCAUUCCCUUUAUUCAUCUUCCAGAAAUAGUCAAGCAGUACAAUUUAUCAAGACAGAAUAACAUAUUUCCUUUGACAUCAAUUAUAGCCAUUGUUCAUAUCCUUGGUAAAGUGAUCCUUGGCAUUAUCUCUGAUUUACCCUGCAUCAGCACUUGGAAUGUCUUCCUCAUGGCUAACUUUACCCUGGUCGCCUGUAUCCUUAUUUUGCCAUUAAUGCAAACAUACAUUGGUCUGGCUGUGAUUUGUGCUCUAAUAGGAUUUUCUAGUGGCUAUUUUUCCCUAAUGCCUGUUGUGACUGAAGAUUUAGUUGGAACUAAAUACCUUGCAAAUGCUUAUGGCAUCAUCAUUUGUGCCAACGGAAUAUCUGCAUUGCUUGGACCACCCUUUGCAGGUUGGAUCUACGACAUCACACAAAAAUAUGAUUUUUCUUUUUACAUAUGUGGCUUACUAUACAUGGUGGGAAUAAUAUUUUUACUUUUCCAACCUUGUAUUCAAAAGAAACAACCAAGAGAAAAAUCUACAGAAGAGGCACAAGUAUAGAGCAAUGGUACAGAUUUUUUUUUUUUCUACAAUUCUUGUUUUUAUGUUUCUAUUGUGUGGCCGCAUCAACCUGUUCUUAUGGAACUAAUCACACUGAGCUGCACUGAAGACAAAACAUGCUCUAAAAUGAUAAUAAGUUAUAGCAUAGAUAUAGGCUUUUAAAAUGAGAUAAACUUCUUUUACUUUAGAGAACUAGAAACACACAACCAGUCUGUUCAGUUAACAGUUAACAAACUGUUCAGUGUAAAAUCUGAACAGUGGUAGAAACCUUGACUGUAAUGCAGUUAUGCUGGAUUUACACAAGUUCUAGAAGAGAAUCAGAUCUGGGUAUGAAUGAUGUUACAGAAAUCCUUUCUACUAUGUAUGCCAGCUGAUAAAAGAUUAUUUACUGAGUAAGAGAAUGGGACAGUAUUUCUUCUGACUAGUUUUUACUGCUGAAAUACUA